AUGAACUCCCCAAACAGCAGUCACCAUCAUGAUCAACAUCAUCAUCACCAACAACAACAACAACAACAACAAUCGACCCCAUCGACGACUGCACACAAGCAUAUUUGUCAUUUUAACUUUUGUGGUUGGAGUUUUAAACGCUAUGAGCACUUGAAGAGACACAUGUUGGUUCAUACGGGUGAAAGACCUCACACCUGUCGCUAUCCUGGUUGCGGUAAAAGCUUUAGUCGAUCUGACAAUUUUCAUGCUCAUUAUCGUACCCAUACCAAAAAGAAAUCCUGUGCGACCAAGAGAAAAAAUGCUGCAGUCACUACCGUAUCCGCGGCUGUCACUCAGCCAAAGUCGCAUGCAUGUCCAGUAUCGCAAUGUCUACGAAGAUUCAAGAGGCUAGAGCAUCUGAAACGUCAUAUGCGUAUUCAUACGUUAGAGAGACCAUUUCGUUGUUCAUAUCCAGGUUGCCAAAAGAACUUUUCCCGAUCGGAUAACUUAUCUCAGCAUAUCAAGACGCAUCAAAAACACGGAGCGAAAAGAAACUAG